AUGCACUACUUUAAUGGUAAUGAGUUUGGAACAACUUUACAUCUUACUUCCUUAUAUAGUCAGUCUCUCCGUAGAAGACCUGAGACAGACAGAACCUUGGAGCCUUUGCAGCUUGUAAUUGCCUGAGUUCUUCCUCAUAGAGACCCUGCCCUGGUAUUGAAAGACUAUAAUGCAGGGGUCAUACAGAUAACACCUUCUACCACACAGCUCCCAUUUAACCCCAGAACUAGUCUAAUCUGUGCACUGGUAGACGUGUCCCGAAAUGGCCUGCUUGAAGGUGCUAUAAGACAUGAAGGUCUUAGCAAAAAUAUGUUCACCAUGAAUGGAGAGGAGUUAUUCCUCAUCUGGGUCCUCAUCAAUAUCACAUAUAGAAGGAAAGAGAGUGAGACUCUGGACUGUUUAAGCAAAGCAGAGGCAAGGUGAGGUGCUGUAAAAGUGGCUCUGAUCACCUUGCUCUUCAAUGAGUUCCAUUGUUGCAGGAUCACAAAUGAAUUAAUCAUGGAAACUGUUUGGGAGUCUGUUUCCUCAACCGGGGGUAACUUGAAGGAUGUUGAUGACCCAAGCACUAAUACAGCCUAUUAUUACAUGCCAGAAUCAAACAUUGGAAAGACAAUGCUGGAAUUUCAGCAAUCCUACUACUCCCAGUAUUCCUUAGAUGAAAGGAUGAGAAAUCACAUGGCCCUGCACUGGAGUAUGAAGGAGCAAGAAUCUCCAGAAAUUAUAUUCCAAGAGCUACAAACGGCACUUAGGGAACUGGAAGAAGUCAGGAAAACUGGGCAGAAACUGAAGCUUUACAAAGAAAAAGACACUUUCAGCUUAGCACUCAGUCAGAUUUACAGUGGUCAAGUAACUUCAUGGAAUAAUCUAAUGAGUUUGACUUUACAUGGCUAUCACUAA